UUUUUGUUGCUAUGUUUUUCGACAAAAUAUAAAUAAAUAAUGUUAUUGGUUGUUAGUUGCUUAAGUUUACUUAAAUGCUACUCAAUUCCACAACCAGAAGCAGACGAGGCUUCUUGUAUAGGCCCGCACGACACAGAACACAACGCCAUCUCUGGCCCCCAAGGGAACUAACCGACACGCACUCAUACGCAAUCGCCGUCUCCACCUAAACUCGACGGAAUCCAAUUUAAUCGAAUCAACCCCAGCCCAACAUGUACCGAGACGUCACCGGCUGCAACACCUACAACUACGGCGACGCGCUUUACUGGGACGCGCGCUACCUGCAGGAGGCCGGUUCCUUCGACUGGUACCAGCGUUACUCUGCUCUUCGUCCUUUUGUUCGCAAAUACAUCCCUAACUCUUCCCGUGUCCUCAUGGUCGGCUGUGGCAAUGCUCUUAUGUCUGAGGACAUGGUCAAGGAUGGCUAUGAAGACAUAAUGAAUAUUGAUAUUUCUGGGGUGGCCAUUGAGAUGAUGGGGAGAAAAUAUGAGUAUAUCCCUCAGCUAAAUUACAAGCAAAUGGAUGUUAGGGAUAUGAGUUUCUUUCCAGAUGGUUCUUUUGAUAGUGUCAUUGAUAAAGGAACUCUUGAUUCUUUGAUGUGUGGCUCUGAUGCUCCUAUUAGUGCGGCUCAAAUGCUGAGUGAAGUGAGCAGGCUUCUGAAACCAGGAGGGAUCUAUAUGUUGAUAACUUAUGGUGAUCCUAAAGUACGGAUGAUUCAUUUGAACCACUCGGAAUACAAUUGGAACAUUUUAUUAUAUAUAAUAUCUAGACCAGGAUUUGAAAGACCUGAAGGUGAUAGUUCUUCAACGAUAUCAUAUAUGGAGCCUAUUCCUAUGACUGAGAGUGGCCACCUUCCAGCAGACUUCGUUAUGGAAGAUCCUGAUUCUCACUUCAUAUAUGUGUGUAAAAAAGUGGAAGAGAGGGAUCCAAGUAACAAACCCAACCAUCCAUUGGAAGCCGAUAUUCUAUAGGAGUGGUUUUCUGUCAAGUGUGAUGGUGCUUCAAUAUGCAGCAGCAGCAUAAAUAACUAGUACCAUUUAUCUUCACUUGUACCAGGAAUAGUGCAUAGGCAUUUGUACAGUUGUUGUAACAUAAGAUCUAGGAUCCUAUAUUUAUGAUUCUACUUGUUAGGUUAACUUCUGGAUUUGCCAAAUAAAUAUUCAUAAAGAAAUUUCAGUGGCAGUAAACGCAACCGUAUUAUCUUGUUAA